AUGUCUUGCUCGUCACCGGUGCAGUCGUCUCACCUCGACCUAUCGCUUGAACAAGAAGGCGGAGUGCAAGCCGUGUACUCGGACAGCCUCAUGACAGCAAUGCAGAACCGCGCCGCCCUCUACACGCCUCUGAUUCCCCAUCCGCUCAGUCAAAACCUCUACCGACCGCCCUCUCAAUUCCCACAUCACACCCGCGAGCAAUCGGUCCAAGCUCGGAAAGAAAGGAAGCAGCUCAGAAAGGCCCUCCGUCAAGCCAAUUCCACCGUAUCUAUCAGAUUGGACCGAGAGCGAGUGACAGGGGCGGCGCUGGCCAUCUUCAACCGGAACAACCCGGGCGACGGGGGCAAGGACGAUCGUAAAGAGUCUCCUUCUAGGACGAGGAGGGCGCUGAAGAACAAGUCGCAGGGAAAGGUGUUGAGACCCGAUACGCCGCUGAGAUGGACGACGGGAUGGGACGCCAUCGAGGAGGAUCGGCAAUAUACCCGUAUCGAUCGCAACCCGCCUACAACACUGCCUUGGGACUCGAUUCACUUUUGGAAAGCCGUCAAGACGACAUGUGCCAUCCCCUGGUCGCUCUCGCUCAAAGUGGACAGCCUACAUCGCCGUCACUACGUCUCCCUCGUAAACUCCCCCGGGGAAAGGAGACCUUGCGCCUAUUGCUGCGAUCAGAAAAAUCGCCCCGAACCGCGCCGAGAGGCCGUCGGUUCGAGGUGGGUUAGGGCAGCCACACGUCGUCGAGCCCUGGGUGAAGAAUCACCAGCGAUAGGAGAUCUUGCCGUCAGCCCAAACCUGACGUGUCCAACUCCGGGCUAA